AUGUAUGAACUGCUUGAGCAGAUGGUAAUUGGAAGAAUCUUCCAACUCCAGGCUGACCUAUGUGACCUCUCCGUUGCUUCCAGAAACUGGAAAGUAUCCAAGGCCAAUCCCUGGUACCGCUUCAGACCGUUCCUCUUGGCACAGAUGAGCCCUGUUUUACAAAGAGCUGGGAUUGAAGUUGAUGAAAAAGGAGCUGAGGCAGUGAUGGAAACCCUGUUAGAAACGACUGCUGAUUCCAUGCCUCCCCAUCAUCCGAAUAGACCAGCCACGUCAUUCAUGAUCUAUGAAGAAACCUCUGGAAUGCUUCUAUUUCGGGGCAGGGUGGUGAACCCAGCUCUCCUACGAUUUCAGACACGUGUGAGUACAUGGUGCUCCAGGAGACGCCGGACCCGAGGUAGCUGAACCCACAUGGGUUAUUGGCACCUGGCGGCAGAAGAGAGUGUCCCCCUCGUCCUCUGCUGGUCUGAGCCAUCCUCAGA